UUUUAUUUUGAAAAUCAUCUUUCGGAUUUCUCAGUUUCCUGUUAACUUUUACUUCAUUGCAUUCUACGAAUUUUAGCUGUGAUUUGUUUUAAAACACACGGAGCACAACAGAAAAUAUAUAUAGUAGGAAUGACCGAAAUCAGACUCACAAAGACAACAGACUUCUGUGAACGAGAUCAGGGCGAGUGUUUUCGUUUGGCGUUUUCGCUCGUGCAGUGAUGUGGAGCUGGAUUGAUCUCUAGACAUCAUAAAUGUGAUAAGUUCGUGUUUAUUUUAUUUUAUUUUAUUUUUAGGACUAUUGGUUUCUCCUCACUAGAUCACUCAACUGUAGUAAAAUCAUGGAUGUGGUGAGUUUUCGUUUGCCUGCGCAUGGAGACACCGCCCUGAGCAACAUGAACUUCCUGCGGACACAGCAGCACUUCUGUGAUGUCACCAUCGUGGCGGGGGGCAGGCGCAUGUUCAGGGGUCACAAGGUCGUAUUGGCUGCUUGCUCUGCUUUUCUCAGGGACCAGUUUCUCCUGAACCCCUCGUCAGAGCUACAGCAGGUGUCGAUGUUGCACAGCUCAGCGGUGGUAUUUGAGCUCCUCCAGUCCUGUUACACAGGGAUGCUGCGGUGUUGCACAGAUGAGAUGUUUUUCUGUAUGUUUGAAGGCAGCUACCUGCAGAUGGAGCAUGUGGUGGAGAAAUGCAGAGGAGCCCUGAGUCAGUACAUGCAGCCCCGGAAUCGAAGCCCCAUUAGUGUGAAAUCAGAAGACCCUCAGUCUAUGCUAGUGAUUGUCAGUGGAAGUACCCAUUCAUUGGGAUCCAUUUCAUCCCCUUCUGAUACUGCAUCACUGCAUCCUCACAGUUCAGGAAAGGAGCUCCAGGCUGCCGAUGCCGAACUCUCCAACAUCCCUCACAAAGAUGACAGCAAUUUGACCAUACACCAUGUCAGAGGAUCAGAUGCAUCUGGUCACUUCGAGGGAGAAGACGGGCCUGAGAGUGAUGUCUUUCAGGUGCAGAUCAGUGAUGAACAUCAAGACCCAGAGAAGACCUCUGGUGCUGAGGAGGAAGACAGAGAAGCUGUUGUUAUGUUGGAUGACCACGGUCAGCUGGACGCAGGUGUAGAGGAGCACAAUAUGGAGGGGCGAGCCAAAGGCAACGGCAUCAGAGGGGCGGGUCGCGUGUGGAGACGACGGCACGGAGAGCAACGGGGAGGCAGAGGAAGAGGCUUUAAACACAGGAAGCGGUACACUUUCAAGGAUCGCAAGCUCAUGGGUAACUAUCAGGAGGCCUGGCGGUUCCCGACCCCUGAUGAGAUAAUGGGCAAUUUUGGAGCAGACUUUGGGGCUGAUUACCUGUCCAAUCAGCAUCUCGCAGACGGUACCGUCCGCAUCGAGUACAGGCCUGGAGAGGGACAGGGAGAAGAGAUUGGCUCUGAUGGAGGUCCUGCACACUUUGGUGUGGAAGCUUCCAGCGGGGAACAGGGAAUGGGAGUCGGGACACAUACAAAUGAACAUGGAGCUGCUGACGAGUCCGUGGCAGUGGUGGGAUCCACGUCCUGUGUAGCUGGGCCAGUGGUGUGUGAGCAGUGCGGACUAGCGUUUUCGUCAACGCAGGACUUAGCCAUGCAUUCUCUGUCAACACACCGGCUUUACGUGUGUCCAUGCUGCGGGAAGCACUUCAGCCACUCCAGUAACCUCAAUCGCCACAUGAUCGUCCACCGUGGAGUUUCCAAGCUCCACUGUUGCCCCCUGUGCCACAAGACCUUCACUCAGAAGUCAACACUGUGCGACCACAUGAACCUGCACAGUGGAGAGCGCCCACAUGUGUGCGCGUACUGCCACGUCAGCUUUGCCCACAAGCCUGCUCUACGCCGUCACCUGAAGGAGCAACACGGAAGAACCACGGCCCAAAACUAUCUGGAAAUGCAGCGAAACAAUGAGGGUGGUGCUGGGGACGGGGUUUAGAUCACAUUUAAAUUGUGUUAAUGAAAUCAGAAAUAACACUAUUUACUUUCUUAAUACACAUUUCUAGGUUUAUUGUGCACAAUUUAUCAGUGCACGUUAGGUAAAAAUGUACGUCUUUGUAAUCAGUAUGUAAUAACCGUAUCGAUGAUUCAGAAUUGUCAAUGUGCAGGCCGAACACUGCCAAAGCAUUUAAGCCUGUAGAGAAUGAAUGAGUUCAUACUCUCACAGCAACCGUUACAUUUAGUCAUUUAGCAGACGCUUUUAUCCAAAGCGACGUACAAAUGAGGACAAUGGAAGCAUCCAACAGUCAAUCCAAUAUUGAAAAUUCUAUGAUUUAUUCACCCUCGUGUCAUUUCAAACCUGACUUUUUUUUUCCCGUGAAACACAAAAGAAGAUAUGAAGAGUUCAUUAGCAAAAACUGUUAAACGCCACUUGCUACGCAUUAUUGUCCACAUAUAGCGCAAUCUGAACCCUAAACACGUUUUGUCAAAAAAAAACGGUAUUGUCCAUUUUCAAGGCAUCGCUACUUCACGUUUUACCAAAGAAGCCAUGGAUAAUUUCGAUGAACUUGAUGAACCUGUGAUAUCUUCUUCGGUGCGUAAAAUAAAAGCUAAAACUUUUUCACGAUAACUUGCAAAAGAAGCACAUUACAAUGCUGAGGGAAAAGCUCUGUGUGUUGCAUGUAAUCCCAUCCAUACAGUUUAUGAUCACAACCACAACAUUGUUGUCAGGCAUCUACAAUGCCAUCUGAGGAGAUUACAAAGAUUAAACUUGUGUUUUUGUUUAACUCUGAAACAUGAAAUGUGGAAUUAUCUGCUUUUGCCAAAAAACGACUGUUGGAGUUAUAAAACAAACUUUUAAAGUGUAUAUAAAAAGAAAACAUACUUUCAAAUGAACUCUUCAUAUUUUGUCUGAAUUUUUCAUUCAAGUCAGUAUGUGCUUUUUUUUUUUUUCAUUCCAUGCCAAUCUGGCCCAUCUGGUAUAGAUAUGGUUUAAUUUUCCACUGUGGACCUGACAAUCGAGCUCCUAAUACAAAUGUGUCAGUUAUUGCCUUGGUAAUGCAAGUGUUUACAUGCGGUACAAGAUGGAUAGAGACUGUUACGGAGGAUGAUCAGAUAUUUCCCUUUUACUUCACUCAAACAGUGUGCUUGGCCAGCUGCUGAGAGAAACUAGCAGCCAGAAUCAGACAAACAAGUGACCCAUCCUGAGUGGCCAUCCAUCACUACACUCACUCUACCAACAUGGUUCAGCUCAUAUGGAAGUCUAACUGUAACCAUUCCUUACUGUUCUUAGAACCAUUCAACCUGACAGUGGAAAAGCGGUUAAUGAUGUUGGUGAAUUUUCCGUCUUUAUACCACACAAGAGCACAAAUACUACAGUUUUCUGUUGUGAUGAGGAAAGUAAGAAAAUGUGUUUUGUCAUUUUUGUUGUAGUGCAACUUUAGUGUCCGUAUGUUACUAAUUCAACAAAGCCUAUUAAAAAGAUUUUGUCCCAACUGGAA